AUGGAUGGCUUUUCAAGCGCAGCAAGCGGACUUGCCGUCGUCUCACUUGGGCUACAACUCGCUGGCGGCCUCAUUAAGUUAUACGACUUUUGGGGCACGGUUCGGGACGCGCCUCAAGAAGUUGGCGAGAUCUUACUGGAUUUGAAGUUGCUUUCGAGGAUACUCGAUGAGCUUAUCAAGCGGAAGGACCCUAGCCCUCAUAUCAAGGAUGCACUAGACUGUUGCAACGAUAAGGUAGCGGCACUUCACAGCAUAGUGAGGGAAUUUGAACCAAAUUUCAGUUCCAGUAAACCCCAUAUCCGAUUAUGGACCAAAUUCAAAGCGGCGCAUAAGAGGCAGAAGCUAAAACGAUUCCGCGAUUCUCUUCAAGAGACAAAGGCAACCCUCUUACUCGCUUUACUACCCCAGUUGUAUGUCGUGGUCAAAUCCUUCCGCCAAUUUUUUCCUUGGAAGACUCACAUCGACUGUAGUGAAGCGGCCCCCGAAUACAUUGAGGAGAUCCAAACUGGAAAUCAAGACCCUACAAAGAACGCCAAAAGCUAUCAGGCGAAUGAAUCAAAAUCAUCACCGGAGUUUAAUAUUAGGUCCGAGUCCGACCUCCCACAAUACUCGGAGAUUCGAGACUCGUCAUUCGACCCACCUGAAGAGGGUAUAUUUCAUGCUGGUUCGAAAUUCCAUAUCCGCCAGCUGCCUCCGGAUGUACCUGCUUCGGCGCUUCAAGCCUCUAUAGAAGGCGCUUUUCAGGUGGCAGCCGAAAAAUAUUUCAGAGGUGGUGCGUUUGCGCGGGCGAUGAAUGAUACGAUACAACGGGUCGCCACUAUCCAGACCUCAUACCGGUACAAUCAAGGGAGCGAUGACUCGGACUCUGUAGCCGGGCGCCCUGAUGUGACCUUGUCUUAUAGUUCUUCAACCAAAGGUCAUGGAAGUAUCCACUCUGUAUCGCAAGUCCAGCGACCAAGUCAAUCGCGUAUCUGCCAUCGAACUUCAGCAACUGGGACUCUAUUUGGAACCAUCUGGGUGCGAAAGACAUCCGUGCGUGUGGACUCACUGUCCGGCAAGAAUGUUGAUAUUGUUUCGUCAUUUACGUUUUUCCCGUCAUGGUGGCUCACCGGGUUCGGCCUCAAGUAUGGAAUGGAAGCAAACCUCUGUAGUACCUCUGUUGGGUGGCAAUUCAAUUUCAACCCCAUUCGAGCAGUGUCACAAGAGUCUCCGAUAUUUAAAUUUUGCAAAAGCGGCAAUCUACAGGCGGUGCAACAACUGAUAGCAGACGGCUCUGCCUCAGUCAGAGAUACAAGCCCCAAAGGCUGGACCCCUUUACAUUUUGCAGCCACCGCAGAGAACACCAACGUACCGCUUUGUGAGUUCCUGAUAUCAGCAGGGGCGGAUAAAACAGCUUUAGCGUAUGAAGGCCCUACUGACGGCUCACUAUCUCCGGUCACGAUGUUUGCGGCAACAAGCAAAAAGAAACCCGCGGACCGUAAGAUAGCAAUGCUCCGCCUGUUUGAAGACUGCAUGGAUUUAUCAGAGCCAAGUAGCGAAGGGUGGACGGUACUGGCGGACCUUGUCCGAUCGUUUAACCAAGAAAGCGUUCCUCAAACUCAGAACAGUGUAAACUGGUUUUUGCGGUCACUUAAGGCUGAAUCUAUGGUUGCCUUUGGUCCGAAAACUAUGUGGCACGGGCUUCAACAUGCGGUUCGCUCUCUCGUGGAUCUGGAACAUAAGAACAUGCUUGUGGCAAGCAAACUUGGCCUGAAAGGGGCUGGUGGCGCUGAACAGCAAACCCCCACAUCUCAUGGAAUGGCAAUUGCUUACUGGAUAGUACUUCGAGCAACAGGGAAGCAACUGCUACCAAUGUUAGUGGCCGCUGGGGCAAUCAUGCACAUUGAAGGCUAUGACUAUGACCCAGAUACCGAAGUCGACCCAGCGGUACUUGGUCAGCAGCUACCCUUUCUUUACUCCGAAUGGUCCAAGGCUUUGACCAAAAGCAUUGAAACGGUGGACAAGGUGAUGUCUUCUGAACUAGACGCGGCGUUGGAAGAAGCAGGGUGGACACAAGACAGCCUGGGCGAAUUGAUUACAAAUGCUGGCAAGCCGGAUCUAAGUAAGGAACGAUGUCAUCAAAUGUGCUGCUCAGUUUGUGGAGACGACUACAGCUUGUUGGGAGUGGGGCUCGUAGAGCCUCGAUGGAUUGAAUUUACCGAAUGCACCUCUUCAAACCACAAAUCCAACUGUAUUUGCCCUGAAUUUCUCCAAAGUCAAGGAAGGCUCGGGCAUUGCGAGCAACCACCCGGGUAUGAAUCAGACGAUUGUCAAAGCGACUCAGAUGAAGAGAAUGAGAUAUAUCACGACGCCGGAUCCCACAAUACUACUACUGCUACUACCACUAGUAGUCAACAAGAAUGUGACUCCGGCGAUAUCGAUUGGACUGUGAAAUGUCAGGAAUUCAUUCGGAAGAUUGAGGGAAAGAAGAAAGAUCCCUUUUCGGCUGUUGCAGCUCUUCUCUACCGUGCCCAGGCUCGACUGUGGGUGGAGAGAUAUGGGCCCGGGGAAUUACUCUGCGGAACAUGUUUUUUGCGGCGAGAGGGAUACCUCGAUGGAGAGGCGAGAGAUGACGAUGACAUUUUUGCUUCGAUGCCCGCUUCGUUCUGUAGUUGA